GAGGCGGGACUUAGAAUGACUGCCUGAAAGGCAACAUUGCCUGAGUCGCCAUUGAGUGCGAGCGCAUAUUUGAUAUUGUAGGAAUUAUCCGUUAAAGGCUACCCAGUGUUUACUAUUAUUGAGACGAGGAGAAAACGACAACACCACAAACCACGGCUUCAGGGCAAAUAAAUGUAUUUGACAGGUUAGGAUUGUAUGUGUUCACAAAAACAUCGUUUCAUAUCCGUGUCUGACACUUUUUGCCAGGGUUCUUUGUGUGUCGACAAUGGUUUGUUUUUCUCCGUCGGAUCAUUUUAAAUGAAUGCUAGAGAUUUAGUCAUCCUGUUUAAAAGGGCGGAAGUCUGGUUGGAGUCAUUAAGGGCAGAAAGCAGGCGAUAGACAGGAUUUCAACAUUUAGACACCAAGGAAUUUGGAAAGGAGAUGGGGAAUUGUCUGAAAUCUCCCACUUCGGAUGAUAUCUCCUUGCUCCACGAAUCACAGUCAGACAGGGCCAGUUUUGGCGACGCCAACGAUCCGGAUCAGGAGCCGCCACCUCCAUAUCAGGAGCAGAUCCAUGUGCCCGUGUAUCACCCCACUCCCAGCCAAGCCCGGCUGGCAACCCAACUGACCGAAGAGGAGCAGGUGCGGAUCGCUCAAAGGAUCGGACUCAUCCAGCAUCUUCCCAAAGGUGUCUAUGAUCCAGGCAGUGAUGGCACUGAGAAGAAGAUUCGAGAGUGUGUGAUCUGCAUGAUGGACUUUGUGUAUGGAGACCCCAUCCGGUUCCUCCCCUGCAUGCACAUCUACCACCUGGACUGCAUAGAUGACUGGCUGAUGAGGUCCUUCACGUGUCCCUCCUGUAUGGAGCCUGUAGAUGCUGCCUUGCUCUCGUCCUACGAAACUAACUGACUGCUGCCUGCACUGAUCCCCACUCCACACACACACCCACACACACAACCCUUGAGUCCUGUCCUCAUACGACCCAUUUGCAUAAAGAGACAAGCUGUCCGCUCAGCUGGGGGGCGGGAUGGUGUACCUGUGGCAUCGUGGGAUAAAGGAGGCCACAGUGAUAAUUAAACCUCUCCUGCAUGGUCCUGCUGGACAGGGAAAUCUGCAGGAGCCCUUUUGCACCCUGAUGACUUUAUCAUGUGAUUCCUUUGUCUUUCAUCGACGACACCCAGACAAACCGGUCACGCACCAUUCCACAUAACACUUACACUGGAAGGAGACAAACCUUCAAGAAACACACCGGAGGACUUUUAAAAACACAUCUUUAACAGUCAAUCUCUAUUUAUUUCUUUCUUUCUCUCUCAGUGUCUGUUUCCACAAAGGGCUUGUUUGAUUUCUGCCGAAGCUGCAGUGGAGCAAAACCAAUGGCAUUGUACAUACACACGCAAAGAAAGAAAAAAAAAAGUCUCAUGAUGAAUUUUGCACUUUUGACUCAAAGAAUUAAGCCCAACUUUAUACACACACACACACAUGCAAAUGUGCAUCACAUAAGACUUUUAUUUAACCACAUUAGCUUUUUUUGAGUUUAUAUGUUUGGUUGGUUGUUUUAAACUACUCAAUGGACACUUCAGCUUCCCAAUUUGUGUUAAGAAAUAAGCAUUUCUCUAAAUCUAAGUCUGAGUGGAUUUAGUGGAGCAAAUAAAUAAUAAAAUAUAUAUAUAUAUUUUUUUUUUUUACAUUUAUAAUAUAUAACACUUUUUUUCCUGCAUUACAUAGUUUUUGAUCUUGCAUUAAAAUGUCACAAUAGUGGUUGAUCUCACAUAUUGGUCAAGCUGAAGUGUUUUUUUGCUUUUUUCUUUGUGGAUCCUGUUUUUUUUUCCCCCUUUAGUUUUAAAAUCAAUACUGUCUAUUGUAGUAACUCAACCGAAAAAUGUAUUUAACGAUAAAAACACUGAAGUCAUCGAAAGUCUGAAGGUGGCUGUGAGGUCAGCCUGAAGUGAUUAAUGCAAUAUAGGCUGUAGUGACUCACGAAAGUACACGUAUGAGUGUGUGAAACUGUUCAAUAAUGAUCAUUUCACCUUCUUUGCUUGUGCACUUGUGUGUUUAGUUAACUUUAUUGUACAUAGUGCAAUGAUAUAUAUUUUAGUGACUUUUAUUUGAAUUUUCAGUACCAGAUACUUUAAAAUAAGUUUUUAUGACAUCAUAAGGGACACAUAAACUUAGAAAAAAAAAAUAUUGUGAAUCCUCAUGGAUUCAGCCGAGUGACAUAUGAGUUUUUUUCCCCUUUUGUUGUUUGUGGGGGCAAAAACAAAAAGUUUUUCUCAUAGACUUCAAAUUCUUGGCAUUAAUUUGCGUUUUUUGUUUAAUAGAAGACCACGGGCAAUAUGAUCACACCCAAAGCUGGGAUGUGCUUGAAAAGCUGUUUGAUGUUUUUUUGAAAUGAAAGAUGGUUUAUGCUUAGUGAAAUUACGCCCAGCCCUCUCGCUCUGUCUAAAAAAGGAAAGCACAAGAGAGCAUAGAAAUCAAGUCUCUAUUUUUCUUAACUGUCAAAUGUUAUAUAAAGACAAAGUAAUUGCUAGAAAUUAGAAGUGGUAGUAGGUAAUGCGCCUUUGGCAUUAAAUCUGUCCCCUUAAUCAAAACGAAAAAAAAAAAAAGUUCUGGUGGUUAGUGGCUGCUAUUGAAGUGGAGAUUUUCAGUUGUUCCUCGUGUUUGAACUCAUGCCUUGUGUGGAGUGACUGUAAGUGUGUAGUUAAUGAAGGUGAGGGAUAUAUUCUUCAUAGAAAAUCCAUUGAUCUGGUUUUGCACAGUACUUUUAGUUGUAGUUUUUGUCUUUUCUUUUUACCCUGCCUCUCCAUACAACAUGGAGCUCCAUUGCCUUAGACCAGACAAGCAGGAGGCUUUUGGCUGGACGUCCUGGGCUGAUGGGGGCUCUACACCAGCAUCGGGAGGACAGAGUGAUGAUGAUGAUGAAUGAGCAUUUGGACGUAUUAAGACCAUUUUUGCUCCUGAGAGGACAUGUCAUCAAUGCAAUGCCAUACAGAAACUGAUUCUCCAUGAUGUGCUGGGAGCACAUGGACAUUAUCUGCGAUCUGAUUGUAUGUGACACGUGUGUGUGUGUGUGUGUGUAAGGCUGUGAGAGUCUCCCGUUUGUCUGUCUGUGAAUAUAUACAUAAACGUAUGUAUAUAUAAAAUUAUGCAUCUUCUAUGUACUACAGGCAAAUAAUAAAUAGAAUUUAUGCUA